CUAAUUAAGCCAGCUGUUCAUUUACUAACUUGCCUUCUUAUUGAUUUACUUAUUAAUCAAAUAAAAUAUAACGAAUUUCUUUACUUAUUCAUCACAGCACAACUAAAAUACUAACGAAAACAAUAGUUUUUUACCAUUAUUUCUCCUCCAUAUUUAUUUAAUUCCUUAUUUAUAUUUCAAGAUAAAAUAAUAUUGGUGCAGAGGGUGCAAAAGAUUUAGGCACAGGAAUAGCCUAGUGCAAAAAUAUCACAACUUUGAUGCUUUACUUAGACUUUUCAUUUACUAACUUGCCUUCUUAUUGAUUUACUUAUUAAUCAAAUAAAAUAUAACGAAUUUCUUUACUUAUUCAUCACAGCAUAACUAAAAUACUAACGAAAACAAUAGUUUUUUACCAUUAUUUCUCCUCCAUAUUUAUUUAAUUCCUUAUUUAUAUUUCAAGUGGUAAUAAUAUUGGUGCAGAGGGUGCAAAAGAUUUAGGCACAGGAAUAGCCUAGUGCAAAAAUAUCACAACUUUGAAGCUUUACUUAAC